GAUGUCACGAAAUGACCUUGGGGGCUAAGUGUCAUGAGAGUUAUUUUGCAGCCGACGGAACUGAAAGUGCUCGUACGUGCCAUUUACUCACUAGGAAAACUAGGCCAUGAGAUCUAUUUUGAAUGUGGACGGAAUGAUUUAAAAAUCAAAACUGUCAACUCCUCGAGGUCAGCUUUUGCAGUGAUUCAGUUCAAAGAGACAUUUUUUGACAAAUUUACUAGCAGUUUAGCGGAUGGUUCCUCGCAACGUUUUAAGAUCCCGAGCAUCUCCUGUACUAAUGUUUUCAGACUCACUUCUGCUCUCGAGAGGUCUGUUAUGAAGUGUAAAAUGUUUCUAUCAACUCAGGAGACCAUUUUGACGGUGCAGUACUUCUGCCGAUUCGGUAUUGUCAAGACGUUCAACAUGUCUAUAAUCGACUGUGAGCAACUGGAGGCUGUUUACUCAUUGGAGGGAAGUGCCAAUCAUCUGCUUAUCUCAGCUCGUUUGCUGGGGGAGGUUAUAAACAAUUUCCGCCAGUCGUCUGAUGAACUAACAUUCAUUCUGAAUGACGGAGAAUGCACAUUCCAAAACCAUACGUUCCAAACAGAUCCUUCGACGAUAACGACACAAAUCCCAUUGAAUGCCACUGAAUUUGAUGUAUAUAUAAUCCAAUCAAAGUGUGAAGUCACUUUCUGUCAGAAAGAGCUGAGAGUUCUCUUACCAUUCUGCGAAUUCGUUUCUCCCAUGAUAAGGAUAUACUGUGAUCAGCCAGGCAAGCCUAUAAUUUUUGCAUGCGCUCAUGAAACAAGACUUAGUGCUCGGUAUGUUUUGGCAACUUUCCCUUCAGAUGGGUACUCACUUCCGAAUUCUCAGCGUUCCGAGCCUACUCGCCAUUUUUUAUCAAACCGAACUCCCGUUCCACUGCAACGUUUCCCAGCUUCGGUGAUGGGAGAGAACAUUCAAAAUGAUGAUACGGUACUGGUAAGCAAAGAAAGUGAUCCAAGUGACGUUAUGUCCAAGAGAUGCAAAUUAUCUCAAGCAAAUGAGUUUACUAAUAUCCGGUCAGAUGUGAAUGCGACCUUUGCAAAAGAUCAGUGUGGUGUUCAGAAAGUUAAACACUUCAUCAUAAAUUCCCAUCAUGAUCACAAUUUCCGUGAUGAGAUUCCGCCUAAAAAGAAAGCAAUGGGGAGUAAGUCUCUAAGUCUUUAUAUGUAUGGUUUAUGGAGAAAGUGGAAAUUCAAUGAAGUUUUUAGAUAACUGUUUAUAGUUUGCCUAUGAACCUAGUCUGUACGGUUUCGAUGAUAUUAUGAAUUGGUUUCUUUAGAAUUUGUAAAGAUUUUUAUAGAAGAAUUGAGUUGUAUACUGCGGACUGGUUAAUAAUGAUGUACAUUCAUCAUCUUAAAUAUCUUCCUAUACAGUAGCAAAAGAUUUAUCUACAACCUAUGAACAUAUGUUAUCACUUCAUGGAAUGACACUAAUUUAAAGCAUAGAUAUACCCAUUUUUGGUCAGUCACCUGCUUCUGGUCAUCAGAAUUCAUAUACUUCCAAAAUGGUAUUUACUCAUUCAGUGAGUGAAAUUGAUGUACACUUUCAAAAUCGUCUCUAGUUAGUAACUAUUUGACAGAGAUGAAGGUUAUGAAGUUUUCCACCACAGUUUUGAAGUACUCUAAUUAUCAGCAGUGUAUUCAUGGAUUUAGAGAAUAUGUUAGUUGUACAGUUAUGUUUCAAAAACCAUUCAAGAUAUUUCUCUCACGACUAAUUCAAAACCUCAAUCAACUUUAUACCUUUUAAUAAUCCUCUAGUUUAUUUAAGCAAUAUUUUCGAAUUUUAUUAAAAUUAUGGUUAUUGUUUCAGUGCAUCUUGGAUUAUGGUACGAUGGCAAUGCAUAAGUUAGUUGUAAAAAAACUCCCACCUGAUAAGUUUUGUACACUUGCAUAGACUGCAGUAGUAUUUGUGGCUGUGUAUUGUGCAUACUUAUUCAUACUUACUUAUAGUCUAAAUGAUCUCAGGUUGUUCUUUCUAACCAAAAGAUGAUACAAAGCUUAUAUUUUGGUCUAAGUCUCAUAUGGGUUGAUAGUUGAAACUCACAUAUUAGCAGAAAUUCUUCAUUAGAAGUUUCAGGUGACAGUAUUUCACAAGUAAUAAUUACGUUAAUGCACUUCAUAGUUAUCGUCAGUAAUUUGUUUGAUGUUCCACUAUUCUCUGAUUACCUGUUCACUGUCUUACUAUGUUUUUUCCCUCUGGCAUCUUGGUAGAUAGACUAUUAUACUAUAUACUGUGUUAUUUCAGCAUGUUUUAUUAUUGUAUUCUUAAAGCUGAAGUAUUUCCCUUUUUUAAACUUUUGUUAUUGCGAAUGUAAAGUUGUUACUUCGUCUACAUUUUCAGGUUCAUUCUGCUCUCUUUGCAAACUUCCAAAGUAAAGAAACUUCUUAUGUAGAGGAUAAUACAAAAACUACUGAGCUUAAUCAUACCAACUUAUGGGAACAGACGAAAACGACAGCAGUGACAGGCUUAUUAAGUUCAACAUUAAUGGAUCAGACAUCUGUAGUCAGCAGUCGUACUGUACUUGUUGCUGAUUCGGAUGAUGAAGAUUAGUUCACGGUUUUUUAAUUUUGGCUGUCUAAUUUUGUUGUGGAUCUCAGUUCUACCUAUCAUCAUAUUUUACAGCAUUGACAUGAGAUUUGUGCAGUUUCUUUUUCACAUUCUUAUUAUAUGAACUGUGAAGUGUAUAGAUAAGAUUAAAAACGAAUAUAUAAUUUACGAUAAAUUUUAUUAUUUCAAAAUAUAUUUUAUAGAGAUG